GCUUUUCUGUGUUGCUAAUAUUCUAGCGGUGACCGUAUAAUUGAGACAUGUGCAGUGUCAUGAUUACAAGGCUGCGUGUCUGAACACCGAAUGUUGCCAUAUUUGGAUCCGUCCAACCGCAUUUUCGUAAUUGUGCUACCCGCCGAUGUGUGCAGCUCCAGGGGGGUGUGGACCGACUCUCUGUGUGUCUCUGUGAGAGAAAUAGAGAGAGGGAGAGAGAGAGAAAGUGAGGCAGGGCGAGAGAGUGUGUGUGUAAUUGUGUCUGUCUGCGUGCGUGGAGAGAAAAGGGGGCUAGAGCGCACUCCAGGUUGGCGCAGGCACCGGUCCGGGAGAACGGAGCAUUGUGUGCACGGUUGCCGGCAGCAUGGCUUCGUCUCACGGGAGAAGCGACCUGCGCUUCGCCGACUGGAUGGCAAGUUUACCGCAGAGCAUGCACACCAUCCCGCUCACCAACCUGGCGAUCCCCGGUUCCCACGAUUCCUUCAGCUUCUACAUCGAUGAGGCAUCUCCAGUGGGCCCCGAGCAGCCGGAGACGGUGCAGAACUUCGUUUCUGUUUUUGGCACAGUUGCCAAGAAGCUAAUGAGGAAGUGGCUGGCUACGCAGACGAUGAACUUCAACAGCCAACUGGAGGCUGGGAUCCGCUUCUUUGACCUGCGCAUCUCCACUAAGCCCCGUGACCCUGACAAUGAGCUGUUCUUCGCCCACGGGCUCUUCAGUGCCACGGUCAGAGAAGGCCUAGAGCAGAUCAGCAGUUUCCUGUCAGCUCAUGCCAGAGAGGUCGUGUUCCUGGACUUCAACCACUUCUACGGCGUGCAGAACCUGCACCACGAAAAACUGGUUGCCAUGCUGAAAGAGGUGUUUGGAGACAAACUCUGCCCGGUUGUUUUCGCUCAGGAGGUGACUCUGCAGUACCUGUGGGAGAAAGAGUACCAGGUGCUGGUCUUCUACCACCAUCCCAUGGCCUUGGAGGUGCCCUUCUUGUGGCCAGGCCAGAUGAUGCCCUCUCCCUGGGCCAACACCACCGACCCAGAAAAGCUGGUUCAAUUUCUGCAGGCAUCUGUCACUGACCGCAGGAGGAAGGGGACGUUCUUUGUUUCCCAGGUGGUUCUGACACCAAAGGCGAGCACUGUGAUGAAGGGUGUGGCCAGUGGACUGAGGGAGACCAUUACAGAAAGGGCGUUACCCGGCAUGAUGCAGUGGAUCAGAUCGCAAAGGCCGGGGGAGAGUGGCAUCAACAUCAUCACGGCCGAUUUUGUGGAGCUGGGAGAAUUCAUCAGCGCAGUCAUCACCCUGAACUAUCACCUGGAUGAAGACGACGACGACGACGCCACCUGAGAGCCCGCGAAGGGGGCGUUCAGGGGAGCGUAGUCACCGCCGCUUACUGCUAGUGGUUUGAGUCUGUGCUCUCACUCUUUUCCCUUUGGCAUUUAUUUCAGGAGGGGAGCUGCACUGCUCCUUUCACUUUAUUUAGGGCUAUAGUGAAUUGAGAGGUCAAGUGGAAAAAAAAAAGGGGGAUUGAGGAAAAGGCAAGUUGAGGUUGGUAGGAACACUGGUCUGUGGUUGGAGCACUAUGAGAAUGAGGUUUAGUUUUGUUUCCUGUUUUGGAGGAUCAAAAUGUUUAUUUUUUCUCCCUCAGUUGAGAUGUUAGUUUUCCUUCCUCACCGUGCUGUAAAAAAACCCAACAAAACUGCUUUUUCCACUGAUCAAAUUCACUGUUUUUAGGCUUACUACUUCACCAAGGGUAGGUCCCUCAGAGCAUAUCAACCAUCUGCUAAAUGUGUUGGUACAUCAAUCUUGGUAUUCUAGUAAUAGUGAGAGUUUUUUUUCCUUCUUUUUUUAAGAGGCCGUUUUAAAUAAGUCUGUGUAACUCAAAUUGUAGGCUGGUGUAAGUAUCUAGCAGUUGUAUGUCAUCUUUGGAAACUAUCCAAGCGAAACCUCUCUUUCUCUCUGUCUUUUUUAAACGAUAUGCAUCCCUCAUCAGAUCACUGCAAGUGUGUUUGCAAAAAAAUGCCUCCAGCAGCUGAAAUGCAGAGUCUUGUCAUGAUGUGUUUCUUCACUACAUUGACAAGACAUGAACCGUUUUCAGUACUUUCACGGUUACAGUGACAGUAAUCUCUCAUGAGGGUUUUCAACUAGUAAUGGUCACCACUGAAGUCAAGGCAUUUACCAGACGUGUGUAGUAUACAAGCGAUUGAUUAAAAUCCUUCUUUCACAAAUUAAAACCAAGAGAGAGAGAGAGAGAGCGCAGCGUGACCAGCCAGGGAAAAGUACCAAUUUUCAGUGGGUUUAAAAUUCCAAGACAAGCUUCAACUCUCACAGUCAGAAAUGCGGUUGAUGCAGCCAGUCAUUUCCAAUGAUUAGGCAUUCAGCGUGACAUUUUUUAUUGUUCCUUAGUGGUGGGUGCUGAGUCGUGAUAGCCAAGUAUAAAAAUACAGUAUAUCUGAGUGCAAGAGUGUAUCUGCCGUCUGUGUUUCCUUUGCUGGUUGCUUGCCCCCCGUGUUUGUGUCUAUACUUACUGCUAUAGUGCAGUCUAUAUGAGUCACCAUGAGAUGUAUCACCAUGUUGUGUCUUUCAUAAUCACAGGUGAUGAAGCUGCUUAACACUCACUCAGAGACUCGUUUUACUUCAAGUCAGAAAAGGGUAAACAUCACCAUUCAGAGGCGGGAGGUCCUGAUGUGACCGCAGUGCUUUGACGCUUGGAAAACAUUAUAAUAAAUGUUAAAUUAACAUCCAGCUGUAACUCUCCGGUGUCUGCUUUCCUUCAUGUCUCUGAAUCCCUGGAUUUCUGCUCGAUCAGUACUGGUGCAAUACAUACGGUUCACCCUCAUUUUUUAUUUAUGCUCAAUGCCCUUCUUGCUUUUACCCCUCACAAUGUUAAAUUUAAGAUGGGAAAAUAAGGCGAAACAGCACCCGGAAGGAAGACGGAAAUAUUUUUAUUGCAAGGUUUCACAUAUUAUGCAUGAAAAAAAAAUCACCUACUAGUCAAGCAUCCACACACCUGAUGACUAAGUGUGGCGUUUUCUGCAGAGAAUGUAUUCUGACAGGACAUUGUUGUCAAGUUUGGUAAUGUAAAGCCAAAAAAAAACAUAAAACGAACAAACAAAAAAAAGCAAAACAGGAAACUCAGCUCUUUGGAUUGGUGAAUGUAUGUGUCUUGUGAGUAACUGUGCCAUCUCUAAAGGUCCCAUGUGAGCGACUGAGUUUCAGCUAGAAAGUCCUGUUUGUAAUAUACGUUUCGGUGUGUAAAUGAAUUCCAGUUUUCAGACAGUACUUCUUUCACUUCUGUGUGGUUUCAUGUUAAAAUGUUUUAUAUUGUGGAAAAUUUCUACAUACUGUAACUGCAAAUAGCAUACUGCCGAUAAAUUGUAAAUUAUUGGAAUUAUUACUAAGAGUCUUUAACAAUGUUUUCUUAUGUGAGUUACCAACAGCUCUUGUUUUAGUAAUUUAUUUGAUACGUUAUUGUUUGUGCAUGAACCAAAAGCUCCUAUACAGUUUGCUGUAUCCUGUACCAACAGGAUAUGUGAGGUUUGUGCGUAACUUCUAUUAUUUCCUGCAUUUUGUUCUCAGCAGCAUGUGUGCAUCCCAGUUGGUAAUGCUCCUUCCCUUUAAGACGCCUAUCUAGAUAAAUUUAUUUUUUAAAUGUUGCACUGUGCUACUACCCCGUACAGAUUAUGAAUGAACCCACACAAAUGAGCAGACUUCAAAAUGCUUCGCAAAACGUGCUGUAAGGACAUUGGUGUCUUCCCUGGUCCAAACUGUCGUCAUUGCCUUUAUGUUCUGGUGUUAAAAAGAGUCCUUUGCUGUUGUGAAACUCAAAAACCUUUGUUCAAAUGAAAGUGACUCUGUUCUAAGUGGAAAAAUGGCUGAUAAAAUAAAGCUUCUAUGCCUAUUGA